AUGUCCUCGCGGAAGCGCCCUGCAGCGUCUCCUGGCUUCGCCACAUCCCGCUACGACGCGGACUUCUGGGGCCUCGAGGGCGGCAGGGGCAAGCGUGGCCCAAGGAAGAGGCCUGCCGCCACGGACGAAGCCCCGCCCUUGCCGCCGCGAGAGUAUGCCAGUCGUAACCAGCGAGACAUCGACGCAUGUCGGGACCUGAUGAUCUCUUUGGCCACAGAUGAUCUGCGACAGCGCCUGAUGCGCAGCCGCUAUGACCUCGAAAGUGCCCGCCGCACGGAACGGCUGAGACAGAUCCAAGCGGGAACGGCGCUCGACGAUGACUGGCUGGGGGAAGCGGCCCAGGUUUUCAACGUCUCCACCCGCAAGAGGAAGCAGCAGCAGGUCGUGGAGGACGUGCUGGAGGCCGUCCGCCAGGCCCGACAGCGCGCCCCCGGCACCGCGAACGCCUUGGAUGCCGAGCGGAGGGCGGCGCUGUGCAGGCGUACCAGGGAUGCCCAGGCCACGAAGCGCGAGGCCUGGGCCGCGGGCAUGCGCGCGGCGCAGAAGGACAUCCCGAGGAGUCGCGGCGUCGACUCGCUUCGGGAGGAUCUGCUCGUUAGAACUUGCCCGGAGGAUCUGCGUCUGCGCGUGGUGGGCGAAUGCAUCCAGCGGCACGGAGGUUGGCCUUCCGAGGCUGCAGAUCUCGGUGAAGACGAUCACUUUGCGCGCCUUUACUUGCUGAGCGCGCUGUCCCGAAGGCACGCCAGCGCCCUCACGGGCGAGCAGCUCUCGCCGGGCGACGCGGCGCAGUGGCAGCAGCUGCUCGACAGGAUCCCGGAGGCGCAGCGGCCCGAGUGGCAGGCGGACCCGCUGCGCCAGCAGUUGCAGGAUCACUACGAGGAGCAUGGCCACCUGAACGUGAGGCCCCCGACCAGGAGACAAACCGAUCCCGAGCGCUUGCUGCUCAAUGGCCUGAAGCUUCUGCGCCGCGCGCGGCUGGGCGAUGUCAGGGACGAGCGAGGCUUUCUGCUGCGCCGGCAGCUCUCGCCCGGGGACUUGGCGUCCUGGGAGGCAGUGAUCCCCGCCCAUGUGUUGUGGGGCACGGUGCGACAGACGGAGGCUUAUAUCCCGGGCAGCGCCAUUCUCGGCAGCCGGUGCGAGUGGCCCAGGGAGCCCGUGUGCUGCCAGCCAUGUCCGUGCUACCUGUGCGGCCAGGAUUUCGCCACGAAGAAGUUGUUGCAGGAGCACUGGUGCCAGGCGCACGUGGACUUGCCCGAGGCGGAGCGGAGCUCGCUGGCGCCGCGGCGAGUCGAGGAGGAGAUCCGAAAGAGAAUCCUCGCGGACGAGCAGAUGGAGGGCUCCUUCGAGGUCCGGGGCGCGGAGCAGCGCCGCGCGCUCGGUCGCUUCGCAGAGAACCAGACGCAGAGCCGGCCUGGGGCGGAAUGGGGGGGGCAUUUCGAGGGCAAGGAGAACUCCUCGACCGUUUGCCGCGCCCUGAGCGGCUGCGUUGUGUGCGCGCAGUCCUUCUGGCUGGAAGAGCUCUUCGACGCGGACUUGUUCGUGGAGCCCGUGGACCCCGAGCAGGAUGCGGGCGCUGGCGAGCCCGCGGCAGAGGGCGCCGGGGGUGGCGAGGAGGACCCGGCGGCGGGCGCGCCUGCCCUGCAGCCCCAGGGCCCCCCGGAGCUGCCCGCGGCAGAGGACGCGGCCCCCCCGCGCCGGGCUCGCUUCGCCGUGUGUUUCGAUUGCGGAAAAUCAUUGGAGGGCGCGCCAGAAGUGAAAAUGCCAGUGAAUGCGCUGGCGAACGACAAUUGGAUUGGGCGAGUUCCAUUUCCCCUCCGACCCGGCGGCGAACCAUUGCGGGACAUGGAGCUGCGAUCGCUGGCCCGGGGCCGCGUGUGCGUGAACAAGAUCAUCGCCGAGCCCGAGAAGAGGGGUCCUCGAGACGAACGGCAGGGGGGACUCGUCGGGAACUUCAUAUGCUUCCCGCAGGCCAAGGUGGAUCUCCUGAAAAGUGGCGAGCUGCCCGCCCCUGCGGCCGAGGCGGAGAGAUUCCUGGCCGACGGCGUUGUCAUCGCGCUGGCAGGGGCCGACGUGGACGAUCUCAGCAGGGCCCGGUGGGCCAACGUGCGGAAAGGCGAGUACAUGGGCGCCGCCGGUUUCUUUACCUCCCACUCGGUCUCGUACAGCGACAUGACCUGCAACCAGGACAGAGCAGACGCGGACAUGAGCGACGCGGGGGCCGUUCCCGAGGCCGUGCGACGCAUCGCAGUGCCCAUCGAGGUCUCGGAGAAGUUGAAGCAUCGGAUGGAGGGCCCCGCCGACGCGUGCGCCGCGGCCCACGAGAGCGUCGUGAGAGUGGACGGGGAGGAGUGCGCGUCCGAGCACGAGGCGGGGGAGGAGGAGGAGGAGGGGGAGAACGACCUGAACGCCGCGCUGCCCGACCCGGACUUCCCCGCCGAGGCGCUCCCGGCCAUGUCUUUCUGCGCCGAUGCCACGAGCAGCGGCGACCUCGACGAGCUCCAGACGGUCCGCAAGGUGCACGCUGAACUCGAGGCCCUGCAGGAUUCCAUGCGCGAGGAGGCCUCCGGCAACGGUCGCCCGCGCCGGCGCCUGAUCAAACAGCUGCAGGUCAGCGCCACAGGCAUGCUCGAUCGCAGCUUGUCGCAGCGGAUCAUCGGCCACGACGAGGCGCUGAAGAAAGCGGAGGAGCAGGGGAGCUCCGUGGCCCCGGGAGGCAUGGAGGGGUAUGCCCAGGGCACCGCCACGAGACCGCUGUCGAUGUACAGCCCGGAGCUCUGGUCCAUGUGUUUCCCCGACAAGUUCCCUUACGGUGAUGGAGUUUUCGGCCUGUCCAGGACUUCGCCCAUGUCUUUCCAGCAGUGUGCGUCAAUGCAUCUGCUCCGCGAGGAGCUGGUGUACCAGGUGACUCCCGAGGACUUGGCCGCGGCCGCCACCUCCAAGACGUGGGGCAAGGGCGACGCCGGCGGGCCCGGCGCGACCGGGCGGGCCCGCGCUCCCGGCGGUUCCUCGUGCGGCUGUCUGCAGUGCAGAGAUCCGUGCAGGCGCUACGAGGCGCCCGAGCAGCCGCGCUGGGGGGCCGACCGCGAUCUGAUCUGCUGCUACUACGACGCCGGGCGGCGCAUCGAGCAGAUCCGCAGGGCCAGGGGCCACGUGAACAGAUUGGGCUUCGAUGCGCGCCUGCAGAAGAUCUGCGCGGCCUCCUCGGAGAAGCUCGACGCCGCCGUGCAGAGCCUCGGGCCGAAUGCGUCCCUGAAGGACGCGCUCCGGUCCCCCGCCGUGGACCAGGACGUCAGAGACGCCCUCUCCGAGCUCAUGGUGUUCACCUCCGAGGUUCUCGGCUCCGACGGCGCGCGCGCGAGACUGCGCCACGAGCAGAACGGCUUUGCCCUCAUGUUCGGCGGCGCCGGGGGCUUCCUGACCCCGAACGUCGUGGACGUGCGGAGCCCCGUCUUGCUCACCCUGCACUCGGCCGGGGGCUGCGAGACCCACGCCGUGGACCUCCUCGCGGAGGCCCCCGACAUGCCCUCCGCUCGGCGGAUGCUCCAGAUCGUCGCCCAGGACCCCGUGGCCCAGGCCCGCUUCUUCAUCUUCACCAUGCAGCUCUUCUGCGAGCACGUGCUCGGCACCGGCCCCUGGGACAAGUUUCUGCGCCACAACGGGCGUUGCGACGGAGCGGCUUUCCCCGACGGCUUCGCCACCUCGUGCACGGGCGGGGCCUUCCUCGAGGUGGCGGCGCUGCACGGGCCCAUCGAGGAGCAGGCGCGGCUGUCCAUCCACCCGCACAUCCUCCUGUGGUUCGUGCACGCGCAGUCCGAGCAGUGGCUCCGAUGCGUGGCCAACAGAGAGACCGAGGAGAUCCGCCGGCGGCUUCGCGUGUGGCAGGAGAAGACUCUGGCCGCCGUGCAGUCCAUGCAGCUGGACUCCGCGGCCGUGCUCCCGCUGCUCCUCACCGACGACCCCGACCGGGCGCCCGAGCCCAGGAACACGCCCUUCUCAGAGAAGCUGCAGCAGGAGUGCCGCAUGGAUGGCGAACUGGAGCACGACGUGAAGGGGCCGGAGAAGCGGCGCGUCUUCCUGGCCACCGAGCCCCUCUUCGAGGACCACCACCUCCGACGACGCCGGCAGUCGCUGGCGGCCGAGGCGAGGCCCCUGAGCGAGUAUAUGGUGCCACAGACGGGCGCUCAACUCUGUCGCCUCGAGCCUUACCGGCUGCUGCGGCCCGUCACGGACGACGACCUGGAGACGGCGGCGGGCCGGAGCGCGGAGGCGGCGGCCUGGGCCGCGCGCUACGCCGAGGACUACCGCCAGGACAUCGCCGUGGGCCAGAUGCACCAGCACAAGGACACCUGCUUCAAGUACGUGGUCGAGAAGUCCAUGCGCGUGGCCCGGCACUGCCGCUUCAACUUCUGCCACUUCGUCAAGCUCUGGCUCCACGUAGAGGAGGGCGCGAAGGGCCCUCCGGGAGCGAUCGGUGCGCAGAAGAAGCGCGCCGCCAAGCUGGUGACCCUGGCGCGAACCGGCAAGGACCUUGUGCUGCCCAGGCUGCCUGGCGAGCCAGAGCCCGACAUGUUCCCCCUGGACGAGAACGGCGCGCCCGUGCCCCUGCGCCCCGGGCGCAAACUCGGCCCGGUCGUCAAUGCCGACCCCGACCAUGGAAAACGCGGCCUGAUCAUGCCCAUUCGCUGGAACCCGAUGGAAGGCAGUUCCAAUGGCGUGGCCCAGACGGCACUCAACUCCAACGUCGAUUUCCAGAGCAUGAUGCGCACGUUUUGGGACGGGUUUGACUCGGGAGCCCGGGACAUGUUGCGCGACCCGCCCCUCUCUGCGGACGAGGAGGCCGCGCUCGAGGCGAAGGAGGACCGAGAGUUUUUGGCGAACCUCCCCGACAGCGUGGAGAAGCUCGUGGCCGCCCGCAAGAGGGCCCACAUGCCAGAGCUCGAAGAUCACGAGGCCGAGAUGAUGCUCAGGCAACGGCGAGAAGCCCGCAAGGCGGCGCAGCGGAAGCUGGGCCCAGCCGAGCGCUUCAGGCGCGGUAUCAGAGCGCUGACCGUUAACAUCAUGAAGCAGUCCAUUCAGGCCAUGUUCUACGCCUGCGACUACUCCACCAAGCCGAACAUGACCUGCGCGCCCCUCCUGGUGGCGGUGCGCGACGGCAUUCGGCGCCUGGAGGAGCGGCUCCGCCUCGAGGAAGAAGAGGCGGCGGCGGCGGAGGAGACGGGGGGUGCGGGGGUCCCGCGGCCGAAGCCGCUGAGGAGGGGGCCCGCGCUGAGCCAGGCCACUGCUGCCAACCAGGCCAUCGUGAAGGGCAACUGCCUCAUGGUCAUGCAGAUGCUCACCCGACGCGAGGUGCUGCGCUCCCACUCCACCUGGCAGCUGAUGAUGAAGAACGCCAUGUGGCUGGCCUUCGAGAGCCGGCGACUCCAGCAGGGCUUCGACGAGCGCGAGCAGCAGAACGAGGCCACGGUGCUCCUCGACGCCGCGGAAGGGGGUCCCUCCGGCGGCGCGCCGCCCCCGCCCGCCAUGCUCGAUGCCCCUCGGCAGGUCGCAGCAGCUGGCUGCGCGCCCGCAGGCGACGCGCCUGCGGCGCGCGGCGGACGAGGCGCCUCUUUGGCCGAGGGGCCCGCGGACGAGCCACAGCAGGGGAACUCGGAGGUCCGCUUGAAGAGCAACAGCUAUUACGACGACUACUUGCACCGCGGCUCCACCGAGCUCGGCGCGUCGGGUCGAGCGGCGAACGCUCCCCUGGCCGCCAUGUCCUAUUACGACUACGGCAUGUGGGUGCGCGUGGUGCCGGGGGACCCGGACGCCCUGGCGCCGGACCAGUUCGCCUUCGCCAGCCACUACGGGAAGCAUGGCGCCUACGUCCAGCAGUUACGGCCCGCUCCGGCCGCGCCGUACAUCUCCGGCUUUACGAUGCCGACCGAAGAGAAAGACCCGGAGACGAACGCCUGCUUCAAGCAGGUGCACUUCGCCCGGCACUUCUGCUGCGCGUCCCUCGGCCGGGAGGGGAAGCUCGUCCUGGCGAAGAGGGCCGACCAGAUCCUGCAGCGCUCGCGGCAGUGCCCCGUGCUGCACGACACGACCGCCGUGCGCUACUGGCAUCUUCCCGGCACCGUGCGCGGGGGCCCGGUCCACGAGAGUUUCCUGCCGUUGCUCUGCGGUGGCCGCCACGCGACGGACCCCGGCUUGGACGGCACCUGGUGCCGCCGCCGCGAGGUCCCGACCUCGGACGCAGACGCCGAUCUGCUGCGGCCGUCGCGCGGGGCGGGGUGCUGGCGAAUGGCCCUACCCGUGGACCUGGCCUGGGCCGUGCUGCGCUUCGCGGGCGACGUCCGCGGCGACGAUGGGCGGCUCCUGGGGGUCGCCGGCUCGGAGGAGGAGCGCGCUCGGCUGGGCGAGCGGGCGGCCCGCGAUGGCGAGUCGGUCACGUGCGCCUGCCCUGGAGUCCACGACGACCAGCUGACCCCCGAGAUGUUCUUCGCCGUUCGGCACGUGGAGGUGGCCGCCCGUCUGGAGUACAUGGCCGAGGCCCGCGGGCUGCCGAGGCCGGCGCAGGGGCCCAGCGACGCGGUGGCGGAGGAGGAGCUCGGCGGAGAUCGAUCCGACGAUGACGCGGCUUUCGACUUGGACGAGGCGCUGCCGGGCGAAAACUCAUCCGGGGAGGAGCGCCAGGAGAGCACGGACGCGCGAGAGGAUCAGGAGGGCAUGAAGCCGAUCUUCAGGUUGCAGGAGGAUGAGGUCGACGACGUCGCGCACAGAACGACGGCGGCUGAGGCGGCCGUCCGCAGUCGAGGGGGCACGCACAAGAAAGCCCUGAUGGAAACGUUCCUGCGCAUGCAGGGGCCCGCUUACAAAAGCGCCCGGCAGCCCUGCGCCGUGCGCGAGCGCGCCCCUCGGUUGGCAGCGCUCACUCCCGAGGACGUGCAGAGCGCCAAGAGGGAACAGGACAGGAUCCGCGAGGAGAGGGCCGCACAGGACGACAAUCUGGGAGCGGCCGGCGCGGGGCCGCCCGUCGCGACGGCGGCGCCCGCCGACGCGCCCGCGUCGGCGAGGCGCCUCGGCCAGGAGGACAUGCCGAUAUCCCCGCUGCAGAUGGCGCUGGCCCUCAUCGCCGAGUCCGGGGUGUGGCAGAGCAAGGAGCAGUACCUGGUGACGCUCUUCCUCCUUCAGCCGAUACAGCAACUCUGGCAGAAGGCCCUCGAGACGGACGGCUUGGACAGCCUGUCCACGGCCGCGGGCCUCGCAGCGGCCUCGAGGGACGUGCAGGUCCGCCGCGUUUUCCUGCACGGGCCGGGGGGUUCUGGGAAGACCUACUGCAUGACCGAGGUGGUCAACAAGGUGGUCGUGCGCUUCUUCGGGCACAGGGGGCUGAAGCUCGUGGCCGCGGCCAACAGCGCCGCACGCAUCCUCGGUGGCAAGACCAUGCACGCGGCGGCGAAGCUGACGCGGAAGCAGUCCCUCGCGGCGAACAGGCUGAGGCCCAAUUCCAGGGCGAAGAAGAAGUUGGAGGCCGAGUGGGAAUACCUUGUGCUCCUCCUCGCCGACGAGAUCGGCCUGGCUUCCCCCCCGCUCCUCGCGGGCCUGAGUCGCCGCGCGACUUUCGGCCGCAAGGACUUGCUGCGGCUCCGCGCGGACAGGGCCAUCGAGGAGCCCUUCGGCCAGGUGCUCGCGCAGGCCAUCAUGGGCGACUUCAUGCAGGUGAACCCGGUCUGCAGCCACACGCUGCUGGAGGCUCUGCUGGUCGACUCGCGCGUUCCCGGCGUCCCGCGGAAGGUCACGGACGAGGACGAGGACGGCUGGAAGGUCUUCAGGAAGAUGGCCUCCGACGUGGUUCUUUUCACUGGGACGCAUCGCUUUCUCGAUGAGGACCUGCCCCGGCUCUUCGAGAUCAUGCGCACUCCGGGAGGGGCGAGAGUGCCCGACGACUUGCGCGCGAAGAUCAGAGACCGCGUGCAGCUGGGCCCCGACGACCCGAGGAUGUCCAUGGACUACGAACUGGAGGGCGUCAGGGGCUUCUUCGCCCUCGGCGCUCGCGCGGCGAUCCAGUGGGAGCAGGUCGCGCGCCUGCAGCAGCUCCACGUGCUCGCCGCCGCGAGGGUCUGCCCGGGCCCCGUUGCCUCGUUCAACAGGGAGGACGACGGCAAGCCGGAUGUCCGGCACCGCGGCCUCAGCAGCACGGCGCCUUCGGGGGCGCGCGGGCAGCUCGUGUAUUACUUUCAGGCCGUCGAUCGCUUCAAGCACCUGCAGAACCGAGACAGGUACCUCGAGGCGCUGAAGUUCAUGAACCUCUCCAAGAGCAACGGCCUGCCGGGCAUGUGCGCGGCCUACCUUGGCAUGCGAGGGCGCCUCACGAAGAAAGUCAUGGGCCCGGAGCUGGUGCAGGAGGCCACGGGCGAGGUUGUGGGCAUCCGCUUUCACCCGCGGGAACGCUUCGGCUUCGCGCAGAACCCCGGCGGUGGUUCCGAGCAGCCCUCGCCGGAUCACCCGUGCUGGGAGCGGGGGUUCGUGGUCUGCGACUAUCUCCCCGUGCACCUCGAGAUUCGCUGGGACGGCUGCACGGUGGAUUACACUGGCCUGAAGAAGCCUGGCGUGUACCAUUUGGAACCCGUGCAGGACGAGUGGGAGUUGCCCGUCACGCGCGAGUUCACGGUGAAUCAUCCAGGCGCGGCGCGGGCCAAGCCGGUCGUCGCCAAGAGCAAGCGGAAAAAGGGGCUGGAAGUGACGCGCACGCAGCUCUCUUGGGCACCCGAGGACCAGCUCACCUUCCAGAGCAUCCAGGGCCGCACCAUCCGCGGGCCCGAGGGCGAGCCCAAGGGUUUCGUCGUCGACCUGUUUCGCCCGGGCACGAUGCAGGGCGAGGAGCGCCAGGCGGAGUAUUUCCAGCACGUCUGGAUGGUCCUCGGCAGGGCCAGGAGACUGGAGUGGAUGUUGCUGCAGAACUUCCCGCGCGACGAGAGCACCGGCGAUCUGGAUUGGUCGAUCCUCGAGCAGGGGCCGCCAGACUACCUGAUUGAGUUCAUGGGCAGGUUGGCGACGCUCAACAGGAAUACGCGGCGCAAGAUGGUGCGCGAGCAGGGGAAGCUGGGGGCGCCGGCAUGGGAGAACGUGCCCACGUGCCCGCCGGACCCCGACCGCCCGGGCAGGUUCUUGUACAUCGCCGAGGACUGGAUCAGGGCGGGCGCCGUCUGCGCCCGGUCCGUCGCGCGCCCCGCGGCCGAGGCGAGGCCCGACGCGGCCCCGCGGAGGAGACUCCGGGGCAAGAGGCCGCGCCAGGACCUGCUCUCGAAGACGGACUUGCCGACCGCGCCGUCCGAGGAGCCCGGGGAGGGUGUUUCGCUGCCGCGGAAGCGGUCGCGCGGCGAGGCUGCUGGGGAGGAGGAGGGCGAGCUGGCUUGCGGCACUGCCGGCGCAGCGCCGGCUUCCUCGACGCAGUCGACUCUGGUGUUGGCGCCGGCGCCCCGCGCCCGCGGCUGGUACUGCGACCUGCUCCGCCGCCGCAUCGGCAGACCGAGGCCUGCGCCGGCGUGGUUCAACAACUCUCUCAUGGGCGAGGUGGACCCCGAGUCCGGCACGCAGCUCGGCCUAUCGUGCGGCUUCUUCGCGGUGAACCACUGCCUCGGCCACGCGGGCAUGCGGCAGCUGUCGGCCGCGCAGUUCCGGCGGCGCGCGGGGAACGAACGUCACCCCGAGGGGGACUUCGAGGACGGGGCCCUGCGCCUGAACCUCCAGGACUGCGGGUGCCAUUUCGAUCUGCUGCAGGGCGCGGACCACCAGGGCGCCAUCCGCACGGUGGGGGACUCGGACGACCGGCUCGCAGUCUUCCACGGCGACCACGCCCUGGGGCUCAUCCUGCACCAGCCUGACCCCCGGCACUGGAUCGCGCUCGUUCGACCGCCAGAGGCCGUGCGAGAUGGCGACGCUGCCUGGCUCUGCGACUCCUUGCACUCGAUGGUUUUCGCGCUCUCGGCCGACGAGGUUCAGGAGUUCCUUGGCCUCAUGGGCUCCAAGCAGCUGCAGGCCGCGGACGGGGUCGGGCGCGAAUUCGAACGGAUGAGGCUGAUCUCUGAAUGGUGCGCUUACAGAGUUCACCGCCGCAGCU